CUCUCCUGCGUGAUUGACAGCUGCGGCUGCCCCGGGGCUGUGGUGGGCAGCUGCGGGAACGUUUGCUCGGUUUCUCAGCGACAUUUAACUUGGUUCUAAUCCGCUUUGCCUUUAUCCUGUUUCCACCUGCCACUGACAGCAGGGACGUGUUUAGUUACUGCGGAUAGGCCAAGCGGUGUGACAGACUUCCCUUCCCCGCAAGUUUCAAGAAUCAGGACAUUACCCAUCGGCACCAAGGAGGAAAUGAAGGAACCGCCAACCGUACCCUAUAUAUCCUGAUAUUCUCAGCUGGUGAUUGAAAGACUUCAUUUGGCAAAGGCUCCCAGUGAAACCACAAAACAAAGUGUUUCUUUGUUGUGUGGCUGUCUGUGGGCAGACAAAUCUCAUAUUGCCGCCACACCUCGCUAUCAGCGCGCCCGACGAGGGUCACCAGUUGGACAAGAAACAGAUGACAAGGGUAUGCCAGUACCACCUCCACCUCCUCCUCCUCCUCCUCCUCCAUCCGGGGCUCCUUCGCUGCCAUCUUCACUUGCUGUUCACGAGGAGCUUCCCAAACACCACAGGGAUGAAGCACGAGGGCGAUCCGCGUUGUUAGAAGAUAUCCACAAGGGAAUACAACUGAAAAAGGUGACACAGAUCAAUGACCGAAGUGCCCCGGUCAUCGACAAACUGAAGAGUAGAAAUGCUCCAGAGUCUGUGGGUGGAAUGGCAGCACCUCUGGGUGGCUUGUUUCAGGGAGGAUUUCCUGUUCUCAGACCUACUGGACAGAAGGAUACUUCAGUUUCAGAGAGAGUUUCCAAACCACCUACUCCCCAUUUUGGAAUGAAAAUGCAAGGACCGAGAUACCCAGUCCAGAAUAACAGUGGCAGGAAUGAGAGAAGCACAUCCAACCACUCAAACUGUCCAGAACCAACUGAUGUAUCUAAAGUUCAAAGGACACCUCAAGGGCGACUUGACAUACCCACUCUCGCACCUCCUCCCCUUCCUGUCAUGCCUCCAUGUCAGGGUAGAUCUCCAUUGCCUUCUCCUCCUCCAGUACCUGCUCACUCAUUCAAUAAACCUGCAAAAACUACAUCACAAAGCCCUCUACCCCCUCCUCCACCACCUCCACCUCAAAGUAAUAAACCAAUUAAAUUUCAAUACACACAAGCACCACCAUCUCCUCCACUACCACCGCCUCCACCUUCCCACAACUUCCAAGACCAAACUUCAGAUUUCUUGUUCCCUGCUCCACCUCCCCCUAUAAUUUGCACAGAAGACUGUACAGAUUUUCCUCCCCCUCCACCCCCACUACCACCAUCUUCUUCCAGUGUUCCUCAUGGGCGAGCUGAAAGCCCUCUUCCUCCGCCACCUCCACCGCCUCCUUUAUUAAGCAAUCCAGAAGUUCCUCCACCUCUGCCUCCGAAAUUACCAAACUUUUCCAACAGGCCACAUACAUCUCCUCUUCCUCCUCCGCUGCCAUCAACCCCUCCCUAUGGCCAUCCAGGCUCAUUCUCAUCUUCUGGCCAAGCAUCGUCCACAACCCAACUGUCCACAAGGGAAGCCUCAUCUAGAUCUGCAGUGCACAAUGGAGGUGGAAAAUCAGCAUCGCCUCCUCUUCCACCAUCCAGGUCAUCCAGCACCGAGGCUACAAGCAGAAACCAGCAUUUGCCCGGAGCUAUUCGGACACCUCUACCCCCACCCCCUCCACCGCCACCAUUACCAGUGAAAAAUCGGCAAGGACUUGCCAGUGUGCCGCCACCAGUGUGUGCUGAUGACUUUGAGGCCAAAUAUAAUUUUCACUCAGUUGAAGACCUUCCACCUCCAGACGAAUACAAAUCAAUUCCCAGGAUAUAUCCCAGUAAACAGCCCAGAGCUAGCCAAAGAGGUCACCGGACUACAACUCCAUUAAGAUGAGUGUUUGAUUCUGGGUUCACCUCUACCAUCAGCUUGAAGAUGACAUGGAACAGCACUGGAGGAAGAGUUUUUACUUACUUCUCACUUACACUAAAGUUUUCUCAGAUGUUCAAAUGUUUUCCUCCUUAACAAAAUGGCAAAGUUGUUAUAUGGUCAAUUAACUUUUAACUCCCUAUUUUCCUAGCAGUGACUUUUAUAAUAAGUAAUUUCAAAAUAUCGUGCCUCUGUAAAUUUCAAUUCUGUCACAGCCAUGUGCUGUUACGAAAAGACAACUUUGUAGCUUUUGUCAGGUUCAUGUACCUUUGACUUCAACAGCAGGCUGGGAAAUCUGAACACUUGGUAUUGAAGAGAAGAAAAAAAAUGGAAAAUAUAAAAUGUUUCAAUAGAUAAAACAUUUUGCUCAUGUUAUGCAUUAGGAGCAGAAUUAGGCCAUUUGGCCCAUCAGGUUCCGCUCUGCCAUUCCAUCACGGCUGAUUUAUUAUCCCUCUCAACCCCAUUCUCCCUGUAACCUUUGACACCCUGACUAACCCAGAACCUAUAAUCUUUAAAUAUACCCAGUGACUUGGCCCCCCACAGCUGAAUUCCAGAGAUUCACCAACCUCUGGCUAAAGAAAUUUCUUCUCCUCUCUGUUCUAAACGGACACCCCUCUACUCCAGGGAUUCCCAACCUGGGUUCACGGACCCCUUGCUUAAUAGUGUUGGUCCGUAGCACCGCUGUUCUAAUCUGUGACUGUACCCUCUGAUCCUAGACUCACCCACCAUAGGAAACAUCCUCUCUAUCAUCCAGUCUUGUCUAGUCCUUUCAAUAUUCAAUAUGUUUCAAUUAGAUCCCCCCUCUCCAAUUUUCUUCUAAACUCCAGCCAUCAAGUGCUCCUCGCAAGUUAACCCUUUCACACUCAGAAUAAUUUUUGUGAACCUCCUCACCCUCUCCAAUCCCAGUACUUCUUAGAUAAGGAGCCUAAAGCUCCAAGUGUGGUUUGACACUAACACAUUGUUAGUAAUUAUGAUGAGAGCACUUAAAAAUAGUUUGGUCUCAGCCCAAAGUUAAACAAUCCUUUCUGUUUAAUUAAGCUCAUGAUCACAAUUAUAAUUUACCUGUAUGUGUUCUCUAAUGCUUUUAUUUCUCUUGUGUAUUUACAUGGCACAUUAACGAUUAUCCGUCUACACUAGCAGACUACCACAGUACCAUCAUUAAAUACAAAAUGUCGAACUUCUCAUAUCAGAUUGUAAUCUGGUAAAGGGAAGUAAAAAUUAACUGAUGUCUUAUAGUCUUUGACUUUAAAUCAUUAAACGCUGAUCAUGGUAUUCUGUUUGUUUUUCCCUGUUAAAUAUUACCAAGUAACUAAAGGUUGCAAGGGAAUGGCAGGGUGGAGAUACGUCUCUACCAAAGGAGGUGUAAGACACUCCUCCCCUCCGCUAGCCUACAGGUCACCCUUGGACAAGGUGUAGCAUCUAUUUAGCAUCAUCCCCCCCUCCCAAUCAGGGUCACGUGAAACCAUGGUCGUAUGAGCAGCCAGUGCCUAUCACAAGUCCUGGUUAUGUGACGCCUGAUGCCAGACAGAUAAUCUUUGAAGAGUAUUGAUAAUGACUGGGGUCACCCGUCUGGUAAAGACACUGCCCAGAAGAAGGCAAUGGCAAACCACCUCUGUUUAAAAAAAAAACAUUGUGAAGACCAAUCAUGGUCUUGGGAAGAUCAUGAUCACCUGUGUCAUACAACACAGUACAUAAUGAUGAUGACAGCAAAACAUACAGUGAAGUGCGUUGUUUGCCUCAAAUUAAAUUGGCGAGAAUUGCGCUGGGGGCAGCCUGCAAGUGUCUCCAUGCUCACAGCUUAUGAACCCAAAGUAUGUCUUUGGAAUGGGGGAGGAAUCAAUUAAAUAUAUUCUCCACUAUUAAAAUACUUAACUGCAAUUUUCUUGUCAAGGCAACAAUUGUGUCAGUCUCCACGGUCCCCUACUUCCUCUGAUGCCGAGAUCAAACCUUUACAAACUAUUAAUGUUGAGACGUAACUGGUAUUAUACACAGUUCUAACAAUCAGAUGUUCAAAGGAGCAGAAAUCAAUAGAAUAAAUUUUGUCAAAAAAUCUUUAAAGAGUACCUUAUGACUGGCAAAGGCUGCACACAUCACUGUUCAAAAGGCUGAACACAUCAUGUUCAAAAUAUUCAAGCUUCAAGUUGUCUGCCAUACAUGAAAUGUUUUUGGAUGCACGGAUGAACCAGAAUACAGAGAUCCCAUGCAAUAGAACUGUAUAUCAUGACAAAUAAAAUGACACUUGGAAUCAAAAGGUUUGAACCAGCCAUUGAGUUUAACAACAUCUGUAAAUAGAGAAAAUGUUUUCAACUGACAGGUUGAAGAUUUGCUCGUAAAAGUAUUAAAAUCAACUUUAAACAAGACAUUCUGCACGCAUCCAGAGAAGUUGAUUUUUAAACAAAACACACAAAAUGCCUGAGGAACUCCGCAACUCGUGCAGCGUCUAUAGAGGGGAAUAAACACUAGACAUUUUGGGCCGAGACCCUUUAAGCCAAGAACCCUCAUUUGUCCUGAAGAGUCCCAUGUCAAGUCAAGUUCAUUGUCAUUUAACCGUAUAGCAUCAAACGAGACUACAUUUUUCCAGACCAGGGUGUAAAGCACAGUUGUACACAUGUAAUGUACAAUAACUUAGGAAAGUAAGAAACAAACCUACAAAUGAAUUGCGCAUAAAUAAACCA